AUGCAGUUGAUGAGUACAAACAAAUCAGUAAUUUCCCCAGUACAAAAAGUAGUAGAUAAAGUGAAAGAAAAGGCAAGAGCCAGCCAAAAUGAAAACAUUUUAGAAAAACAAAAACAGUUUAUAGAUAGUCGGGUGCCUCUUGACGGUGAUUUCAGUGAAGAAGAAGAUUUGAAUUGUGAAAAUAGCUCGCCAUUAGAUAGAAAUUCUAAUUCAUUCGGAUCUGAUGUUACAAAAAUACCGGAAGAUGACAUGGAAUUUGAAAAUCAUUAUUCAAAUUUGGAUACAGUGGAUUUGGAUUUAAAACCUUACACUAAUCAAUGUCAAAUACCUGAAAAAUAUGGAACUAUUGAGAAACCAAAAAUUCGUUCUAUAAUCACUAUUGAUAAAGAUAAUACAAAUUUUCUUCAAAAUAAAAUUUUGGAGAGAAAUGUACCAAGAGAAAGUCAUAGAGCUAGUUAUGAACGCUUUAUUCAAAGCGAGGAAAAUAAAAUACAUCUAGGAUUGAAUUACUUUAUUCAUGAGGAUCUGUGGGAUGUCAUGAAGAGAAAAGACGACUCGAAAUUCAUCAGAGACCUCUCAUUAAUAUUUUGGGGCAAUGAAAAAUUAAAAUAUAAAUGCUUAGAUAAGGCUAGGUUGCGCGGGACGGCACAUGGGUCCAAUGAGAGACAGGAACUUACGCCGGAAAAGUUUAAACUUCUGGAAGAUUUACUUUACGAAAAACUUAAAUCAAAUAAAAUUACUGGGGUCAAGAGGCAGACCAGAAUGCGGCUGAUUGGAACACAUAUCUCAGCAAAAAUUAGAGAUGUUAGAAGAUUGUUAAAAUUAUAAGCACAUAAAUUAUUUAUAUGUAAAAUUCUUAAUAAAUGUUGAAAAUUAUUUACAUUUUCGUCGUUAUUGUAUUUCACAUUA